AUGGAUGUUGAAACUACGAACUCAGAGAAAAUUGUGACGUCAGAGACUGGAGGAGCAAGCGGCGGCGCCAUGAGACGCCCGAUGACGCAGGAGCCUGGCGCGGCGCAGCUCGUCGAGGCGCGGCGGCGGCGCCUGCGCAACAAUAACACAACGCGACGGGAGAUAGGAAUAACGAACAUUUGGCGCCCUCACAUUUUUCUACCUGCCACUGAAGAUUAUGUUUGA